CUGCAGACAAUUAAGCAGAGAAGAAGCAAUACCAUCUCAAUCAAUCGGCGUUUCAGUAAGAGAACGAUGAAUGGGAAGAGAAGGAUGAUGUCGCGCGAUGAUGAAAUGCGCGAUAUGAAGAAAGGUCCGUGGAAAUUUGAGGAAGAUCAAGUCCUCAUCAAUCACGUGAAGAAAUACGGCGCCAGAGAUUGGAGCUCCAUUCGAUCCAAAGGCCUCCUCCGCCGCACCGGAAAGUCAUGCCGCCUCCGCUGGGUCAACAAACUCCGCCCUCACUUGAAGACGGGGCUGAAGUUCACGGCAGAGGAGGAGAGAACGGUGAUCGAUCUGCAAGCACAGUUCGGGAACAAAUGGGCGAAAAUCGCGACGUAUUUGGCCGGAAGAACAGACAACGACGUCAAGAAUUUCUGGAGCAGUCGACAGAAGAGGCUUGCUAGGAUUCUACACUCCUCCACUGCUUCUUCUUCAACCAGCCAAAUCCCUACUUUCGAUUUCCUUCCAUCUCUUGAGGCGCCCAGUUUAAGCCAAUCAAGGGAGGAGGAAUUUGGGGCCAAUUCACAGUUUGGGGAGGUGGGGAGUCCGAGCCCGAUUAGUGCUGUUCCGGUCGAGCAGCAGCAGCCGUACAUCUCCUUCCCUCAGUUUCCGUUACUUCAGCUGGACUACCCCUUGCUUCUAGAAGGGCAGGACUUUACUGGCAGGUUCGAAGCUCCGAGUUUUCUUGAUGAUGAGCUUGGGCAUUCUGCGUUGGGCACUGCGCAAGUCCCCAUCGCCCCCUCGUUCCAAGCUUCUGGGACGUUGGAGAGUCACAUUGAGGUGGACAUCGAUAGUCUCAUCGAAGAUGAUUUCCCUCCUAUUGAGUUAUUCGAUGAAAUCGAGCCACUUCCCAGCCCCUCUCACUGGUCGUGA